CAAAUUUUGAUUUAUUUGCAUGUUUCCAGUUAUGUGUUAGGCUGUAAAGAUUCUUAACUAUUAUUGAGGCUACUAUUUAAAUUGCAAUUAUGAAAAAAUGAAUGCCCAAGUGCUGUACAGUUUAUUUUCUUGCUAUCGAACUGCAGUUCAGAACUUACGUAAAACAUGUGUAGCUAACGCAUGCUUAAAUACUUCUAAAGGUACACGGAAAAUGAGAAAAGCCAGAAAAUAUAGGAGACCUGAAGAUUUAGAAGAUCCAUUUUACUAUGGGAUAGGUCCUAAACCUGAAGUGAAGGCUGUUUGCCAGUCUAUUGCUGCUAGAGGGUUUGCUAAAGAACAGCCUUCUUACCAGCCACCUUCUGAUGUAGAAGAGCAACUUCAUCAAAUCUGUAAAAAAAUAUUUGGUUCGCAGUUGAAUCCCGAAUGGAAAAGACAGACUUUGGAUGAUCGGUUAUUAAAAUACAAAGUGCUGACAAAAACAAUACAGCAACUCAAUAAACAUAUCCCAAAUUCUCUAUUAUACAAGAUAAAGGAUGUAGAAGAUAUUUUGACUUAUUUUAGUACCCCAGUUGAUGGAUUGUUGCAUUAUGAUGCUCUUGUUCGAGAUCAAGAAAAACUACCACCUAAUCUGUGUGUGUUGCCAGACACUUCUGUUUUUAAUCCUGAAACCGAUACCUUCUUUGAAGGUGUUACAGCUUUUCCUGGACGCAAGAGAAUUAUAUAUACUAAGACUGGAGAAAAACUUGAAAAAACAAUACAAUGGCCAAAUAUAUAAAUGGUAAAUAUGUUGAGCAGAUAUUUAUUGUAUCACACUGUUUUUAAAAUUUCAAGCAUCAUUAAAGAUAUUAUUAUUCA